AUGAAUUCUUAUUUCACCCUCGAGCCUUUUAAUAUUCCUGAGCACAAGAUGACUGAUGAGUAUCCACCAGAUCUUUCAAGCGAUUCAUCCAUGAGCACUGUAGCCGCCUUCGAAGAACAAGACGAUAGUACUAUGGUGGACACUCUCGUCCAUAUGUGCGACUUCGAUAUGCCACCUGGGAUCAGUGCAAAUACUUCCAGGCAUUCUUCGGCAUCUCCAUCGAUUGUGACACCAACAUUCAAGUCUCUUUCAGCCACUUUCCAAGGCGAGCCUUUCGAGCCCAUUCCUAUCGCUCAUGCCUUCGAGGAACAGCUUCACGACGUAGAACUCGAGGUAACGGCGCCUUUCCAAUCAAUGGACACUUCCUAUCAUAAUAACGUCUCGUCUGAUGUCAGCACCCGUACCAACAAAAGCGCAUCAGAAUUGGAUCGGUUGUACAAAGCAGGUAUCGAGAAGCUACGAGAAUCCAUGAAGCGCUCGUCGGCAACCCGACAAGCGGUCAUGCUGCAACGGCAAGCUCUCAAAUUCUAA